AUGGGGCCGGGCGGGGCCGAUCUAAUCCCAAUGUGGGUGGCAGCUCCUGGCUCUCCCUCGGCCGAUCCUUCCCAGCUCUCCCCGCUCCCUUCCUUCCUCUCUGGGAACCGAGCUCUCUGUACCGGGGCAUUUAACUCACCGUAUCCCUUUAACCAAUACUGUUUGUAUUUAGGUAAUCACAUUCUACCUGAUGAAGAUCUCGCUGCCUUUCAUUGGAGUUUACUUGGCCCAGAACAUCCCCUGGCGUCGCUGAAGGUGCGGGCUCACCAGCUUGUCUUGCCUCCCUGUGACGUAGUGAUCAAAGCAGUGGCCGACUAUGUGCGCAACAUUCAGGAUACCAAUGACUUAGACGCCAUUGCUAAAGAUGUAUUUCAGCACUCGCAGUCCAGAACUGAUGACAAAGUUUCCCGUUUCAAGAAAGCAAUUGCUUAUUACAGAGCAACGAACAAGCCCCUGUCGUGCCCACCCGCUCAUUACUUAGGCAGACCAAAUCCGGGUGGAAUCCACAGCAUGGUGCCGCCGUACCCAUCCCCUCAGAUGCUGAACAUUCCACAGGGCUCCGUACAAUCCAGACCUAUGACAGGUGGGAAAUGCGUUUCUGAACAGAACAAUUACAGUAACAUUCCCCAUGAAGGAAAACACACUCCCCUGUAUGAGCGAUCGUCUCCAAUCAACCCAGCACAGAGCGGCAGCCCAAACCACGUGGAUUCCAACUACUUCCCUCCAUCUUCAGCCUCAUCCUCCUCUGAAAACGAAGACGGCAACGGAGGGUCUGCUAAUCAUGUCAGUGGGAACAAGCCUACCUGGGAUAAAGGGAAAAAAUCAGAAAAAGCAAACAAGAAAGACUCUACUGAACAGGCAAAGGCAGAAGUUCCUUCUCCUUCUGGAUCGGGGAAUAAGGGAACUGAUAAAAAAGCCAACCAACCUGGACACAUGCAGAUCCCUUGUCUUCUGUCAAUGCCGACCCGGAACCACAUGGAUAUCACAACUCCACCUCUCCCCCAAGUGGCACCGGAAGUACUGAGAGUUGCAGAACAUCGCCACAAAAAGGGCUUAAUGUAUCCUUACAUAUUCCACGUGCUGACUAAGGGGGAAAUGAAAAUUCCAGUUACUAUUGAAGAUGAAAUCAACAAGGACCUGCCCCCUGCCGCCAUCUUGUACAGGCCAGUUCGCCAGUAUGUUUAUGGGGUGCUGUUCAGCCUGGCAGAAAGCAGGAAGAAAGCGGAACGACUUGCUUUCCGGAAGAACAGAAUGCCGCCAGAGUUUUAUGUUCCAGACUACCCGGUCAUCAUUAAGGAAUGGGCAGCCUACAAGGGCAAGUCCCCCCAGACCCCCGAGUUAGUGGAAGCACUGGCUUUCAGGGAAUGGACCUGCCCCAACCUGAAGAAGCUGUGGCUAGGGAAAGCCGUUGAGGACAAAAACAGAAGAAUGAGAGCUUUCCUGGCGUGUAUGAGAUCCGAUACCCCCGCCAUGCUCAAUCCGGCUAAUGUGCCCACCCAUUUAAUGGUGCUGUGUUGUGUCCUACGGUAUAUGGUGCAGUGGCCCGGAAUCCGGAUACUGCGCAGGCAGGAGCUUGACGCCUUCCUUGCCCAGGCAAUAUCCCCAAAGCUCUAUGAACCCGAUCAGCUGCAGGAGCUAAAGAUUGAUAACCUAGACCCCAGGGGAAUUCAGCUGUCGGCUUUGUUCAUGAGCGGAGUGGACAUGGCGUUCCUGGCUAACGAUGCCUGCGGCCAGCCAAUCCCGUGGGAGCACUGCUGCCCUUGGAUGUAUUUUGAUGGGAAGCUGCUGCAGGCCAAGCUGAAUAAAGCCACCAGGGAGAAGGCUUCACUCAUUGACCUCUGUGAUGGUCAGGUGGAACUGGCCACCAAGGUGGAGAAAAUGCGUCAGAGCAUCCUGGAAGGGUUGCAUUUCUCACGGCAAAAUCACCCCCUUCCGUUUCCACCUCCACCCGCGAUGCCUUUCUACCCAGCUGCUAUGUACCCCCGACCCUGUGGACCAAUGCCACCACCUCAGGGCAGAGGGAGAGGAUUCCCUGGAGUCCAACCCAUGCCUUCUCAGGGAGGGAAGCUGGAGAUCGCUGGCACGGUUGUAGGCCAGUGGGCAGGGACCAGACGUGGGCGCGGGAGAGGACCAUUUCCCCUGCAGGUGGUGUCUGUGGGCGGAGCCAAUAGAGGACGCCCAAGAGGAGUUAUAUCCACCCCAAUUAUACGGACUUUCGGAAGAGGGGGCAGAUACUACGGAAGAGGAUUUAAGAACCAAGGGCCACCACAGGCCAAGCCUCCUUACGCUACUUCGGCUGAAGAAGUGGCCAAAGAGCUUAAGACACAGUCGGAAGACUCCAAAUCAUCAGCAGUGUCUUCAGACGGAUCCCUCGCCGAGAACGGUUUGGCCAGCGAGGAGGCGCCGGCCUCUCAGAUGAACGGGGGCUCGGGAGAAGCGAGGGCUUCCAGCAACUCCGAAAGUGCCUUAAGCAGUGACUCUAAGUUGUGCAAUACAAACCCUCACCUAAAUGCACUAAACGCAGACAGCGUGCGCCACAAGGAGCAGCCUCUAGAGGGCGCUGUCGCUAAUAAAGAAGAAUAAACUUAUUUUUUCUAGAGGGUGAAGGAUCGGUAGAGUUAGAGGGUAAGGAAUAUCUGGGGAGAAAGAGAGCCUACAGUUACGUACAUUUUUUCCUUUCCGCAAGUGAAAAAUGAGGAUUUUGGAAAUUCGGAUCCCUCUUUUCGAUAAGGCGACAAACGAAAAAGAAAAAAGUUUAUUUUAUUAACCAGUCGUAGUCAAAAUGCUAAAGAGCCGAUAAAACGAAGAGCGUUUGACUCCCGUACUGAUAGAAACGCACGCGGUGCUUCAACUGGUUACGCGGAAAAACAUAAGAACCGCUUGUGAUUCUGUUUCUAGAUGUAACACAACACACAUUGGGCAGUUUCCGCACACACACACACGUAUAUAUAUAUAUAUAUAUGAGUAUAAUUUGUAGUGUUUGGCACCAUACGUACGCCAUUAGAUUUGAUUUUCCAUACGGGAGAAGCUCCGCCUUCACGAUUAUGGCAAUGACAGAAAACGUUUUGUUCUUUUUCUUAUUUUCAUGGCGAGUUUCUUUUUUUUUUUUUUUUAUUGUGUUGGCGAUGCCGAUUGGGAGAGAACAAACGACGGAGCGACGUUAUCGCGAUACUGAACCAAUCAUAGGAAUAAAUAAGCCCCUCCGGCCUUUGUUUCCUUCCAAUCGCUCGCCCCGUGAGUAGCGCCGACUGUGCGUCCGUGAUCGAUGGAACGUUGUGCGGUUUUUCUGCCGUUAGACCGUUGGUACAACUCGAGCUGAACUCAUGCAUGGAUCAUAAUUUUUAAGGUGUGUAGUUACUAUUAUGCAUGUUCCUGUCCUUACUCCGCCCUCCCAGUAAUGUGCCCCAUCGGCGGCGACAAAAAAAACUAUAAAACCGAAAAAAAAACCACAAAAAAGAGAAAUAAUCGGUUCUAGUCCUAUGAAAGGUGUUUAACUCUGUUUAGUCAUUGGUCCUGCUCGGACCUAACGAAUCUUGUGAUUAUUGACCUCUGUUGCAUUUAUUCUUCAACUAAAAAAACAACAAAAGACAAAAAAACCAAGUACUAAUGAUCCGUUUAACCCUCCGCGUUCCCUGGUGUAUUCAUUGCUGUAUUGUUCUCUGUUGCUGGUUAUAUUCGCAAAAUAUGAAAUUCUCCGUAAAAACAUGGUAAAAAUAAUCAUAAAAAAGUGCUUUUUGAUCUUUUUAACCCCCCCCGACCCCAGGAGGGUUUAGUUUCCCUGUCGCGAGGGAAGCCCCGCCCCCUGCGUCACUUUCAAUGUUUCUGUUUAGUGUCCCCCCCCCCCCCAAUUUUAAAUGUGUUUCUGGAAAUUCAGAUCAUUUCUUUCCGUUUGGUUUCUCCUCUAAUCCCCCCUAAUGCUCUUCAUCCCACAUUAGUGAUCAGAAAUGAGGUGUAAUUCCCCCAUUCCUUGCCCCCCCCCCCCCCGCGCAAGAGCUACGUAGGUUUUAUUAAUGUAAGUUGGAGGGCGCUGAGCCCCAUCUCAUGGAAUGCGCAAGAAUGAACUGCUGUUGGUUCUGGUUGGUUGUAAGAUGGACCGUGACGAGAUUGGAUUGAAGGCAAUUGAAUGCAACUUACAAUGCUUAAUAAAAAUCUUUAUUCUUUUAGUAUAAAA